UAAUUAGCAAUCGCCGUCAGAGAAAGUAUAAGUGUCAUGAUGUACUGGUCAGAAGUUAUUCGCACCCAUCGUACAGGGCUCCGCCGGAUUGCUCCCUGGUAUUGUGCUUUCAUCGAGCAUGGGCUCCCCUCCGAACGCAGCGUGCGCUGCCUGCAAGUUCCAGCGUCGGAAAUGCGCUGUGGACUGCUUGCUGGCGCCGUGGUUCCCUCCGGACCAGCCCAGGCGCUUUGCCAACGCGCACAGGCUCUUCGGAGUAGCGAACAUAUUGAGACUGAUUCGAGAGAAUCGCAGCUCCGUCGACGAUCUGAUGAAGAGUGUCUGCUUCGAGUCUGACACUCGGGAACGAGAUCCUGUCAAUGGAGCGUACGGGACAUUACGACUUCUUCAGCGAGAGGCCGAGAGACUGGAGGAGAACAGAACGGCUUUGUCCGAGAAGCUAAGGAUACUGUUGCUGGAGGAUGCUGCUGCCAACAAUGUCAACAACCCACCGCAUACCCAUACUGCCUACAACGCGGUGCCUCCAGAGUAUUACGCACAUGCACGGCCUACUCAGGUCGCCUUUGCAGAGACAACGCCAGCGCUGCAAGACAACGAUGUUUAUCAUAUGCAGCACCACCACCACCAGCAUCAACAACAGCAGCAUCAGCAUCAUCAGCAGCAACAGCAGCCGCAUCAACAACAGCAACAACUGCAUUAUAUGCAGAUGCCCCAGCAUCAGAUGCCUUCUCUAGAGUAUUUUGUUAAUUUCAACGCCAGUGGUGGCUUUACUCCGGUGCAAGCAACGGACGCGUCGACCUCUCAUCCACAUAUGCACCUCACGGAUAGAAGUGCAGAAAUGCCUCUUCAUCGGGCCUCUUCUUCGUACACUGGACCAGCAGCGAGAGACUUUCUCUCCCUCACAAACAACUCUAACUCUAACUCUCGCUUUUAUUGACAUUUGUCGUAAUUGCAGAUAAUGUAAUUGUACAUAAUCGUUACUCCUCCACAGCAAUAGAUCUAUCCAGACGCACAUGCUGUGUCUUCCCAGGAUUUUUGUUUAGAUAGCUCCUCCACGGCAUUAGAUCUAUCCAGGAUUUUUGUUUAGAUAGCUCCUCCACAGCAAUAGAUCUAUCCAGACGCACAUGCUGUGUCUUCCCAGUGCAGAAGUGCCUCUUCAUCGGGCCUCUUCUUCGUACACUGGAACAGCAGCGAGAGACUUUCUGUCCCUCACAAACAACUCUCGCUUUGAUUGACUUUUGUUGUAAUUGCAGAUAAUACAGAAUCUGUAGCUUUAGAUCAGGAAUCUAGGUACGACCAUCACUCACUCCACCGUACUGAGGAAGAGGGAGUUAUGGCCUACGACACAUAAGAACAGUACAGACGAAGAGCGAAAAGGCGGAUGAGAGCAAAAAAAACUUUGGAGACAGAAUACAAUGAAUGAAUACAAAAAAGUACACAAAGGACAAAGAGUGUGUAUCUCCGAUGUCAAGAGGUUUCCCAUCUAUGGUGAUCCUGUCGUAGCCCCACGCCAUCUUGCCACUUGGGUUUCAUCUCUCCUCUUUGUUAUGUCUCUCGCUUUUCCAUCUCAAGAAGAGAGAAGAAUAUGCUCUUGGGAGUUCCGGGAUUUCACAAGGAGAUCCGAUCGAGCCAUUGAGUACAGUGCUAGGCAGCGGAGGUCGUGUUCAGUUCUUAAUCCUUUGGAUAGAUUCAUCGUCAA